AAAAAGGGAAAAACAUGUAACUUUGUUUUUAUCACUUUACUGUCUAAAUAGAGUUGUCUGUUUUCUUGGAAGAUGGACUUUUGUCUGAGCACAAAAAGAAAACCCAUCCAUGCACACAACCUCUCUCUCGUUUGCGUCAUCAUCGACGCUUCAUUGUCCUCUUCCUGCGCUUUCUCAUGUUGUUUAUCUUUAAUUUUCCUGUGUCUUCAACAAUAGUACAAGCACGCUUCCUUGCUUUGGUUCUUUCAUCUUCUUGAGCAGCGAUCUUGUGCGCCCCUAAACAGCUGCAUUUCUCGUUCUUUUGGAAACCAUCCACCGUCAUCGUGUGAUCAUUGAUAGACUGAAAAAAGUUUUCAACUUUUGCUUCUGCUUAGGGUCUGCCCUAGCAUUUCUUUUGCUUCUUCUUUCAACUGAUAAUUCCCUUCUUCCUUGGAGGUUUAUUAUAAUUCUCUUGUAAAACGUUUUCUUGGGUAUAACCCAGAUUCAAAUCUUUCAUCGUCAUUUUGAGAAUAUAAUUUCCUCUUUAAACACCGAGAGGUUUUUGGAGACAUUUUCUUAGCUUUUGCCUUUUAGGGUUUGUUUCUCAAUUUCCUUUGUCAAGAACAUGUCUUUCCCACAAAAUCACUCGUUACAGUGCUUCGUUGUUGAAUUUAUAAGAUCCCCAUUUCUCUAUUUCCACCAGAAAUUGCAUCCCUGCAAUUUGUAGGCCCCCUUUUUUUCUUCUUCUUUGGAUUUUUUUGGCAAACACUAAGCGUGCGGUUCAAAAUUUGUUCUUUUUAGCUAUUUGGUUACACGUUUGUAAUAUGGGUUGUGUUCAAGGCAAGUAUUGUAGCACGUACCCAUCGUCAACAGAGAGUAAUUCAGGGGACUACGGUGAAAUGGGUUCAUAUAUGAAUGCCACCAGCAAGCAUAUACUUACACAAAGAUCACUGGAGAUUGUUCCUGUCCCUUCACGUAACUAUGAAUUGCAGUACUCUGUCUUAACACAGAGAGGUUACUAUCCUGACUCGCCAGAUAAGGAAAACCAGGAUAGUUUCUGCAUUAAAAAACAAGUUCAAGGUAACCCAAAUGUACAUUUCUUUGGUGUGUUUGAUGGCCAUGGUCAUUUUGGUACUGAAUGUUCCAAGUUUGUUAAGGAUAGGUUAGUUGAAAUAUUAGCAUCUGAUCCCACGUUGUUGGAUGACCCUGUUAAAGCUUAUAAUUCAGCAUUCUCAACGGCAAACAAUGAGUUACGAAGUAGUGAGAUUGAUGAUUCAAUGAGUGGUACAACAGCGAUAACAGUUCUUGUGAUUGGAGAUACAAUUUAUGUUGCUAAUGUGGGCGAUUCGAGAGCAGUUAUUGCUGUUAAAAAUGGGAAUAGGAUUGUAGCAGAGGAUUUGUCUAGUGAUCAAACACCGUUUAGGAAAGAUGAGUAUGAGAGAGUUAAGCUUUCUGGGGCUAGGGUUCUGACUGUUGAUCAAGUCGAAGGGCUUGAGGAUCCUGAUAUACAGGUAUGGGGUAAUGAGGAAAGUCACGGGGCUGAUCCUCCAAGAUUGUGGGUGCAAAACGGGAUGUAUCCAGGAACAGCAUUUUCGAGGAGUGUAGGGGAUAGUACAGCUGAGAAAAUCGGUGUCAUUUCUGUUCCAGAGGUGUCUAUGGUUCGCCUUACUCCUAAUCAUUUGUUCUUUGUUGUUGCAAGUGAUGGAGUUUUUGAGUUCCUCUCAAGCCAGACUGUUGUGGAUAUGGUGGCAAGAUGCACAGACCCCCGAGAUGCUUGUGCUGCCAUUGCUGGGGAGUCAUACAAAAUAUGGUUGGAACAUGAAAGCAGGACAGAUGAUAUUACAAUCAUUAUUGUUCACAUUAAGGGCUUGUCUAAUACAGGUGCUGGAGAUACAGAUGGAACCACUGGGGCAAAUAGGAACCCUGCAAGUUCAAGGGCAGGAAGAGGAUCUUCUGACGGCUCCACCACCUCCGGAUCAGAAAUUUACCGCGCAAUAAGAAGCGAAUUCACAGAUCUGCAACUUUCCAUGAGUCGAAGCCCAGCUAUUGUUGUUCCAUCUCCAUCUCACCAGAAGCCCUUGGAGCUGGAUGGGGGUUAGUGGGCACCCUUUGCCAAUAUAGAAGGCAAUUUGGUCUGCAUGCUCAAGGAUCUCCACGCUGCAAGCUCUUACCAAUCUGUCUACUAAAACAUGGUUACUAACUACACGUGACUUAGUGAGAAAAAUGCUCCCCUUUUUGCUGUAACUUUUCCCCUUCUAAUCUAAACUUAAGGGGAGUUGGAAAACAAACUUUGGAGAGAUUCCGGGAUGUUCAGGCUGAUAAUCAUGAAUUCCAUGAAGAUUCCUUUUUCUUUAUGCUGUAUCAAGAAAGAAAAUUUUUCAUCAGGUUUCUGCUUGGAAGCUCAACGACUCAGUUGUAAUCCUAGAUCUUCCUGAUAUCUCUGUGAAGAGUAGGCAUGAAAAGAUAUAAAGUAAAUGUAUAAAUAAUGCAUAUCCUACAUGAUAUCUAAUAUUGUUAUUGCAGCUACCAUGCUUUGUAUCCGCUAACAAACAAUAAACAGAUCCAGUGAAAUCUAUAGACUAUGUUCAAUUACUUCAAA